CUCAUGGAAUUUGUCAUGCGAAGGCCCGAGCGCAAAAUAGUUUUGCGUGCACGUGCACAUUGAUGCUUGGCUUAUGCUGGCUAUGAAAUGAAUUUUAUUUCAUUUCUGUUCUGUUGGGAUCCAUGUAGGCCAUAGACCAUUUGUUAUUUGCAGCACACAUUCAGGGAUUCUGGUGUCAAUAUACAGAAUUAGCUCACGAACAACUAAACAUCCAAUUCAAUUUUUUGUUUGUACCAUUAAUUUAGUUUAAAGGGAUUUAGCAAAAAUAAAGGGAAAGAUGGCUGUUAAUGUGCACUCGACCAAUGUUUCAUCGGAGAAUUUUUCGCGCCAUGAGAUGCUAAACUGGGUGAAUAAGCAAUUGAAGUCCGAGUUUCGCAAGAUCGAGGAGCUUUGCACUGGGGCCGCUUAUUGUCAGAUGAUGGAUAUGAUGUUUCCCAAUUCGGUGGCCAUCAAACGCGUUAAGUUUCGUUGCAAUCAGGAGCAUGAAUUUGUGCAUAACUUUAAGAUUUUGCAAGCGAGCUUCCAAAAGAAGAUUGUCAAAAAGGAGAUACCAGUCGAGCGUCUCAUCAAGAGUCGCUUCCAGGACAAUUUUGAGUUCUUGCAAUGGUUCCGCAAGUUCUUCAAUGCCAACUACAAUGGCAGGGCGUACAAUGCACUCGCCGCUCGCGAUGGCGUUCCCAUGGGAUUCGGCCCGAGUACCAUCAAGCAGUCGAUAGUGCUGCCAACUUCGAUUUAUGGCAGCGGCGGUCGCUCGCGUACUUUUGAUGUGGACCAAUCGAUAAGUCGCAUCAGCAGCCAAUUGAACGAUUCGCGUGUAACGGAUACAGAAGUGCAGGACAUGAAGGCGUAUUUGGCAAAGAUUGAAGAGGAGCGCAGCAUCUACAAUGCCAAGUUUCGUGACGUGCGAAUGAUUUGCGAGGAGCAUUUGAAUGACGGCGAUAAUCCGUUGCUUCAAAAAAUCCUUGACAUACUCGAUGAAUAAGUGCACUAUAGAGUAUCGAUAACUUUCCAAUCGAUGAUAAAACAAAAGACAAGACAACAAGGAGACAAGUAGAAAACACACGGACAUACACACACACAUAUGAGCAUCCAUACAUAAAAGCAUAAAGCUAACAUCAGCAAACAAAAAACAAAGGUACAUUAAAAAUAAAUUGUUAACAAAUUACAAAUAAAAA